CGUCAGACCGGUGUGGCUGUGCUGUUGGUGUGGACUGACUGCGCGGCAGGUCAGGGCGCAUGCUUGGUAUUGUCUGUAGGCUACUGACAGCGCUGCUUGGUAUUGGCUGUAGGUUACUGACAGCGCUACGCACUGUCUAGAUCUCAUCAGCAGCCUGAAGUUUGUAGCGGACUGAUGGUGCGAGACUUGCGCACUGCUUUUUAUCACCGCUUUGCUAUUCGCAUUUAUCCAUAGAGACCCUUAGACUUUAGCGUUUGCUGGGGGGAGUUUACGCAGCUGCAACUUUGGACUGAUCUGGUCAAUUUGGGAUGGAAUCGAACGGUAAAGCAGAAAAGCAUGGGUUAGAGAGAGAUGCGGACCUCCAGUUGUUGCUGGUGGGGGGAGAGCUGCUGAAGGUACGGUCCUCCUCCUGGAAGAAGAACCGCUUCUACAAGCUGCAGGAGGACUGUACAACCAUGUGGCACGAGUCACACAGGACAUUCAAGCGCAACCAGACCUUCUCCAUUGAUGAGAUAGACUCUGUGCGUAAGGGCCGUCAGUCGGAGGGUCUUCAGAAGCACACAGAUGCCCAGGUUGAGGACCGGUGUUUCUCCAUCGUCUUUAAGGGCCGCAGGAGGAACCUGGACCUGGUGGCGACCUCGGCAGAGGAGGCUAGGCAGUGGGUCAAUGGUCUGGAGAAGAUCAUCUCUAACAUGAGGAAACUCAACAGCCAGCAGACGAGCGAGCACUGGAUCUUCAACUGUAUGAGGAAAGCAGACAAGAACAAGGACAACAAGAUGACCCUGAAGGAGCUGAAACACUUCCUCCGCCAGAUCAACAUCGAGGUGGACGACAUGUACGCUGAAGUGCUGUUUGCAAAAUGUGACAAGUCUAACUCGGGCUCCCUGGAAGGUCCUGAGAUCAAACACUUCUAUGACCUGCUGAUAUACCGCGAGGAGAUCGAUGUGAUCUAUGGGAAGUACGCCACUACAGGGGAGCAGAUGAGUGUCAAAGACCUGCUCAACUUCCUGCUGAACGAGCAGCGUGAGGUGGCCACAAUGGAGGACGCUGUAAGACUCAUAGAGAGAUACGAGCUGGACGAUUCAGCAAAGCAGAAGAAUCUCAUGACCAAAGAUGGCUUCCUGAUGUACCUGCACCAGGAGGAGGGGUCUAUCUUCAAUCCCGCCCACAAGGAGGUGUUCCAGGAUAUGAGCCAGCCAAUCAACCACUACUUCAUCAGCUCCUCCCACAACACCUACCUGAUGGAAGACCAGCUCAAAGGCCACAGCAGCACAGAGGCCUACAUCAAGGCCCUGAUGAAGAGUUGUCGCUGUGUGGAGUUAGACUGUUGGGACGGGGCCCAUGGAGAGCCAAUCAUCUACCACGGCCACACCCUCACCUCCAAGGUCCUGUUUAAAGACGUCAUCAAGGCCAUCAAGGAGUAUGCCUUCAAGACAUCAGAGUACCCAGUGAUCCUGUCCCUGGAGAACCACUGUACACUGGAUCAGCAGAAACUGAUGGCCCAGCACAUGAUCUCCAUCCUGGGCAGCGCCCUGCUCACCUCCCCCCUGGAGGACCAGAUGCCCACUGCCUUCCCCUCACCCCAGGACUUGAAGGGUCGGUUCAUCAUCAAGGGGAAACGUCUGAACAAGCUGGAUGCCUUCUUCAGCAAUACUAGUCCUGGAGUAGAGGAAGACUGUGUCUCCGAGGAGGACGAGGCUGCAGAGACCAGCAACUCCAAGACAGAUUCCAACGGACAGAAGGCCAAAGCCAAGAAGUCAAAGAUCAAGCUGGCCAAGCAGCUGUCUGACCUGGUGAUCUACUGUAAGAGUGUCCACUUCUCAGGGUUUGAGCACGCUAAAGACAACCAGGCCUUCUAUGAGAUGUCCUCCUUUAAAGAGAGCAAGGCUGUUAACCUGGCUGAGACAGCAGUGAACGCCUUUAUCCACCACAACAUGACCAAGCUGAGCCGUAUCUACCCAGCUGGCUCCAGAACAGACUCCUCCAACUACAACCCAGUUCCCCUGUGGAACGCAGGCUGUCAGAUAGUGGCGCUGAACUUCCAGACUCCCUCUAAGGAGAUGGACCUGAACCAGGGCCGGUUCCGGUCCAACGGGCUGAGUGGAUACGUCCUGAAGCCUGACUUCCAGAGAUACCCUGGGACAGAGUUUGACCCAACGACCCUCACCAAGGGACCCUGGUUCAAACGCAAGACCUUCCACAUCAUGGUGAUCUCAGCCCAGCAGCUGCCCAAGCUAAACAAGGACAAGUGUAAAUCCAUCGUGGACCCGCUGGUUAAAGUGGAGAUCUACGGUGUUCCAGCUGACACGUGCAGCAAGGAGACACGCUCCAUCGAGAACAACGGUUUUAACCCCAUGUGGAAUGAGACGUUCCAGUUUGACAUCCAGGUACCAGAGCUGGCCCUGGUCCGCUUCCUGGUUGAAGACUAUGACUCCACCUCACAGAACGACCUAAUUGGACAGUACUGCCUGCCACUCACCAGUCUACAGAACGGUUACCGCCACGUCCCUCUUCUCACCAAGCAUGGUGAUGUCAUCCCCUCAGCCGGCCUGUUUGUUCACCUCAUGCUGCUGGAUGCCAAAUAGACCCCGUCCACUUCACACGGACCCCACCAACAUCAAGCUAACCCCUCCCACAUACUACUGACUCCUGCAACAUAAAACAGACCCCUCCCACACCACUAAGGACUCCGCCGACAUUGUAAUGUCUCUUCUCACAACAAAAUGACUACUCCCACAUCAAAGUAACUCCUCCCACAUCACACAGACCCCUGAAAAGUGUGUUUUUGCAUCUAUGCGGUAGGUGGGUCUGACAUGCUAAGUUGCUUUUUUGUAUGUGAAUGAUACAAGCAAGUAAAGGAUCCUAUUGAAAGUAGGUAAUAUGUCCCUAGUCCUAUAGAGUGUAGUUAGUAUGUUGCUGGCGCAAUAGAGGGUAGUUAUUAUGUUAGGGGUCCUAUAGAGGGUAGUUAUUAUGUUAGGGGUCCUAUAGAGGGUAGUUAGUAUGUUACUUGUCCUAUAGGGAGAGGGCCGUUAGUAUGUUGCUGGUCCUAUAGAGAGUAGGUAGUAUGUUGCUGGUCCUAUAGAGAGUAGUUAGUAUGUUGCUGGUCCCAUAGAGAGUAGUUAGUGUGUUGCUGGUCCUAUAGAGGGUAGUUAGCAUGUUGCUGGUCAUAUAGAGAGUAGUUAGUAUGUUGCUGGUCCUAUAGAGGGUGGUUAGUAUGUUGCUGGUCCUAUAGAGGGUAGUUAGCAUGUUGCUGGUACUAUAGAGGGUAGUUAGUGUAUUGCUGGUCCUAUAGAGAGUAGUUAGCAUGUUGCUGGUACUAUAGAGAGUAGUUAGUAUAUUGCUGGUCCUAUAGAGGGUAGUUAGCAUGUUGCUGGUCCUAUAGAGGGUAGUUAACAUGUUGCUGGCCCUAUAUAGGGUAGUUAAUGUGUUGCUGGUACUAUAGAGAGUAGUUAGCAUGUUGCUGGUCCUAUAGAGGGUAGUUAACAUGUUGAUGGUCCUAUACAGGGUAGGUAACAUGUUUCUGGUCCUAUAGAGGGCAGUUAGCAUGUUGCUGGUCCUAUAGAGGGUAGUUAACAUGUUGCUGGUCCUAUAGAGGAUAGUUAACAUGUUGCUGGUCGUAUAGAGGGUAGUUAACAUGUUGCUGGUCCUAUAGAGGGUAGUUAACAUGUUGCUGGUCCUAUAGAGGGUAGUUAACAUGUUGCUGGUCCUAUAGAGGGUAGAUAACGUGUUGCUGGUCCUAUAGAGAGUAGUUAGCAUAUUGCUGGUACUAUAAAGAGUAGUUAGUAUGUUGCUGGUACUAUAGAGAGUAGUUAGCAUGUUGCUGGUACUAUAGAGAGUAGUUAACAUGCUGCUGGUCCUAUAGAGGGUAGUUAACAUGUUGCUGGUCCUAUAGAGGGUAGAUAACGUGUUGCUGGUCCUAUAGAGAGUAGUUAGCAUAUUGCUGGUACUAUAAAGAGUAGUUAGUAUGUUGCUGGUACUAUAGAGAGUAGUUAGCAUGUUGCUGGUACUAUAGAGAGUAGUUAGUAUGUUGCUGGUCCUAUAGAGAGUAGUUAGCAUGUUGCUGGUACUAUAGAGGGUAGUUAGUGUGUUGAGGGUAGUUAACAUGUUACUGGUCCUGUAGAGGGUAGUUAACAUGUUGCUGGUCCUAUAGAGGGUAGUUAACAUGUUGCUGGUCCUAUAGAGGGUAGUUAGCAUGUUGCUGGUCCUAUGGAGGGUAGUUAGCAUGUUGCUGGUCCUAUGGAGGGUAGUUAUCAUUCCUCCAGUCAUGCGUUGAGGUGAUUUCAAGAGCUAUAGAAGUAUUACUGACGUCUACUAGUGCUUUUCAAUCAGAGACUAAAGGGAAUCAGGUAGACAGUAUGGUCUAGUAUAGUAUGUUGCUGGUCCUAUAGAGGGUAGUUAGCAUGUUGCUGGUCCUAUAGAGGGUAGUUAACAUGUCUACUAGUGCUUUUCAGAGACUAAAGGGAAUCAGGUAGACAGUAUGGUCUAGUAUAGUGUGUUGCUGGUCCUAUAGAUGGUAGUUAGCAUGUUGCUGGUCCUAUACAGGGUAGGAAUCAGGUGGACAAAACCAUCUAUGGAUUGUAAAAAAAGAAAAGAAAAGCACACUUGAUGCUUUAAAAAAAAAUAUGACUAAAACGUUCUUAAAGUUCAUCUGUUUUUUAUUUUAUAGGAAAGUUUUGCUUCCUAACUGUUAGCAUGACACAAUAUCACUGUUUCAUUCUGCUGUUAUUACAUGUUACUUUAACCCUCCUUUUCUCUUCAAACAACAAAAACAUUAUGUUUCAAUUGUACAAACAGCAUUGUGUCUUUAUAAAACGUGAUUUUGUUGCAAAAUGACAAUGUUUAAAAAAAAUGUUUAAAAAAAAUGUUUUACAUUAUUAUUCUGCUAUCAAUAAUCAGCCAAAUAAACAGCAAUGGACACAUUAGGAAUACUUUGUCAGCACACGUCCAUAUAACAUGAUAA